CAUCUUAUGGCGGCCCCGCACCCCGACAAGCUGGAGGGGGGAGUAGGCCCCGCCCCGCCUCCUCCCGGUCCGCCGCCGCCGCCGCCUCCUCCGCCGGGCAACAUCUCCGCCGGGCCAGGCCGCAAGCAGGGCAAGGCCGGUCUUCAAAUGAAGAGCCCAGAAAAGAAGCGUCGGAAGUCCAAUACACAGGGCCCCGCCUAUUCCCACCUCUCGGAGUUUGCCCCUCCGCCGACUCCCAUGGUCGACCACCUGGUGGCAUCCAACCCCUUUGAGGAUGACUUCGGGGCUCCCAAAGUCGGCUCCGCCUCCGCGCCUUUCUUGGGCAACCCUGGGCCAUUUGGGAACUUCCGCAUGCAGGGGGCCAUGGGGCCCCAGGUCCCGCCCGGCUACGGCGGAGGGCCGCAGCCGAUGCGGAGGCAGCCACCCCCUUUCGGACCGAGCCAGAUGGGGCCAGCCUUCAACAUGCCCCCCCAGAACCCCGCUUACGUGCAGCCCGGCGGAAUGGGGUUUGGGGGCCAGCCGUUCGGCCAGCCUCUGGGGCAGAACUUCAGCCCCCCCAGUGGGCAGCUCAUGCAGGGGCCCAUGGGUGGCUUUGGCCCCAUGAUCUCCCCGACCAUGGGUCAGCCCCCGCGGGGAGGAGACAUGGGCCCGGGGCCGGCCCUCAACCCGCCAGGGGGGCCACCACCAAUGGCCCAGCGAUUCAGCCAGCCCGGCAACCUCUUCGGACAGUCGCCCAUGCAGCAGCGCCCCAACCCGAACCUCCCAAACCUGCCUCCCAACCCCAGCCCCUUUCCUGGGCCCGACCCCGGCUUCCCCCCCAGCAGCGAAGACAACGGGGGUGGUAAGCCCCUCAACCCGCCCCCCAACUCCUUCAGCCAGGAGCAGCACACGGGAUCACCAGCCGCUGUCAACGGCACCCAGCAGCCCAACUUCGCGCCCAAUAGCGCGGGCCACGGCGCCAGCACCCCCGAGGCCAACAGCCUGCCUCCGUCCGGCAAGGCCGCUGGCAACUCGGGGCACCAGCCGCCGCCCGGGCUUGUGUACCCCUGCGGGGCCUGCCGCAGCGAGGUCAACGACGACCAGGACGCCAUCCUGUGCGAGGCCUCCUGCCAGAAGUGGUUCCACCGGGAGUGUACCGGCAUGACGGAGAACGCCUACGGCCUGCUGACCACCGAGGCCUCGGCCGUCUGGGCCUGCGACUUCUGCCUGAAGACCAAGGAGAUCCAGUCGGUUUACAUCCGGGAGGGCAUGGGCCAGUUGGUGGCCGCCAACGACGGCUGAGGGGCCACGAGUGGGCAGGACGGGACGCUGAGCCUCGGCAGACCACUAGACACUCUUUGGCUUGGGCCGCGGACUCCACGCCCAGCGCAAACACAUGCACUGGCCCCUUGGGCAGGAGGAGCAAACUUUUUGUCAGCGGGGCGUGAACUGCUUGGCGGAAGGGAGGAGAGAGCCCUUGUCCCUUUGCUUGUGGGUUUAAAGAAACUGGCGGGCACCUAGGGGGCACCUCACCCCACACCUGGAUAACGGGUGCCGUUUUGAAGCGGGGUAGGUGGCGACCUCGCAGUGGUUGCCGCUGCAUGCGAGUUGCCCCCGCAGCCUUGGCUGGGCCAGCACACGCCUCGAGCGGCGUUCCUUCUCUUUCUCCUCCCCACCUCCUCCCUCUUUCAGACCGCGACUGUGUUUUGGAGCCGUAAAAUGGGCCACUUCGGGUCUCGGGCAGCAGCGACCUACAUCUUUCCUCCCCUCCACAUGGAGGUUUGAUGGUUUUCAUAAUGAGAUGGGAGAGGCGGUGAUUCUGCGCGGUCACCUGCUCCUCUUCCUCCGAUCCCCCUCUCUCCCCGCUGGGGUUUUAUUCCGGCAUCUGGCCCAGAGCGGUUGGUGCCGGUGGGGUAGAUUUAGCACAGCCUGGAAAGCGGCUACAGCUUCGGUUUGGACCGGUUCCUUCCCAGCUGGUGCGUCCAGCAAAAUUUUUAUAGGGGAGCAUCCCCUCCCCAGAAUGCUAUGUGAUUCCUGUUGGCAUCAGCUCUGCUUCCAGUUCCUGUGCUUAGAUUGAUCAGCUGCUGCCUGCCAAACCUGGACCAGUAGGGGAGGGGGCUGAAAGUGGAGCCCCCCUUGCCCUCAAGAAAAGGACGCAAGCUGGGGCCUUUCCCCAUCUCAAGGGGCCUUCAAAAAGAGCCAUGCAAGAGAAACUCGUGGACAUCUUUUAAAAAGACAAAAAAAAAAAUCCACCCUUUUUUAAAACUAUCUUUCAGCAAUUUCCCUAUCCCUGAUCUUUGUGUGUGUUUUGUUUUUUGUUUUUUUGGUCAAAUGGUUUCUGAUGUGAUUUUGAUAACUGUUUCUAUCCUGCCGGACCUUUGAUGGAGGAAAAGCAUUGGGGUGGGUGGGUGGAGUGGGCGGCAUAGCUGGAUUUAUACACACACAACCUCCCUUCUCUCUUUGUUUUUAUGUGAGAACACUAAAAGAAAA